UAGAGCCCCCAAGACGCUUCAAGAUGAUGAAAACAAGGCAACAAGAGUCAUGUUUGAAGAAGGUAAAACUACCAGGGAAAGUAGUCAGCUUAAGGGAAAGAGUUCCUUUCACUCAUGAAGUAAACAUUUUUGAAAAAAAUAAUUUGAUGGUAAGUUAGGAACUAUUCUUGUAUGCGCCAAGUUCACCAAACGGCAAAAUACACAGUUGAGUUCAUUUACGUGAUUAUGAUUGAACAUCAUUUGAAAAGAUUGAAUAGUUUUGGUAUUGUUUGUUUAUGUUCGAAAUAAAAUUGCCCAUACAGGCAAAUUCUGACCCUUAAAACAUUAUUCAUUCUAUUCUAUGUUUUAAAAUUCAAGUUGCUUUGAUUCUGAACUGAGUGAGUUGGGUUUCCUUAUUAACUUUAGUUUUUAAAAUCUUUUAUAAUGUUAUAUUCAAUUAAAUUAUUUACCUUGUAAAUUGUUUGUAUUAUAACAACAAUUACCAUUGCCUAUUUAUUUAAUUGUUUUGAAUAAAAAAUAUGUUUGUAAGCAUUGUGGCUUGUGGCCAUUUUGGCGAAGUUAAAAGUAGAAUAUAUUUAAUGAAAUCAGUAAAUCCCUUUACUAGUACACCUAUGAUUCUAUGGUGUAAUUUGAUAAUUGAUAGCAAAUGAUUUUAAUUCUAUAAGGUAAUAUUUAAAAAAAUUUAAUAUGUUUAUGCUAAUCAAAGUAAAUCUCUACUUCAAAUAUGAAUUUUCAUAUUCCAUUGAACAUACUCAUACUACAUAGUGUAAAAUAUUAAUUUGUAUAAAUAGUAUAGGCCUUUUUCUGUGAACUUUAUUGUUAUGUUUAUAUUUAAAAAAUAUUUAUUUUACUUUUUUAAAAUUAAUCCCAAAGACCAAAGGCACACACUUAAUCAAAAUCAAUUUAAUUAAAUUAAAAUCGUGAUUAUACUUUAAUUUGACAUACCGGUAAGAGAAUAGCGGAUACAUUUAUAGCAAAAAAACUGUAUUUACCCAGACAGAUGCAGUUUACAAUAUGAAUGAUAGAAAGAUUUAAAUAUUUUUAAAACUAAAAAUAAGUUAAUGCUCAAUUAAAAGAUAGCUAAAUAGAGUUGAUUUUAGGUAAACAUACUAUAAUUUUAUUUGUUUAAAUUAUAUCCUGAGUUUUGCUUAUAGGGAAUGUAUUGUUGGAAACUAUUGGUGAUUUAGUUUUUAAAUAUAUACACAUUUUACAGAAACCGGAACCACCUUGUGCUGGAGCUUUCAAAGAAAGAAAUACAGGUGGUACAUCUUUCAAAAAAUUCUAUGAGCGGGGUGACUUUCCAAUUGCUUUGGAACAUGACACAAAAGGAAACAAGAUUGCAUGGAAGGUGGGUUUAUUUUUUGGUUAUCUAAAUUAAUAUCGAUAAAUUUAUUAUUUCAACAUCUAGUAAAGCUAAACAAAGAUAUAUCUUUAUGUUAAUACUGUUUUUUUUUUUCAACAAAUUUUUAUCUAACAACUCCAUUUGGGGCUUUGACUUUUAAAAAGUUUUUGUGUACCAAAUUUUACUGGCAGACUAUUUAACUAUGUAAAAUUAUGUUUUAAUGGUACGAAACCAUGAUUCACAUCUGACACAGUACUCAUUAUUACUAAAUAGUAAUUAAUCUUGCUUAGGCCUAUUAGUUCAUUUUAAUUUUAGAAAUGUGCUGCAUAUUUUAUAUUUUAAGGUUGAAAUAGAAAAGCUUGAUUACCACCACUACCUCCCUUUAUUUUUUGAUGGUCUAUGUGAGACAACUCAUCCUUAUGAGUUUUUUGCUCGGCAAGGAGUACAUGAUAUGUUAGAACAUGGAGGCUCCAAGAUAUUGCCAGUAAUUCCACAGCUUAUAAUUCCCAUCAAAAGUGAGUGAGAGAAAAAACCAUUUGACAAUUUCUUGCAUGAAUUAAUUGAUUUCAAAUACAAAGCGCAAGAUCAAAGUACUGAAAAAAGGCUGAUAUUAAUGGAAAGUUUAGUAAUCAUAAUGAAUGAUAAAAAUAAUAUAUUCUCAAUGUAAUUUUACAAUGGUUAUGAGAAGCAUUUUAAUAAAAAUGAAAUAACGACAAAUGAUCCUAGCUUGUGUAAUAUUGUAUCAUGCCCUUAACACCUGCGAACUUGUAUUUUCCUGUCUAAUUUUGUUGUUUUUCUAUAUGGAUUAAUAUGUUUCAUUCAAGUAUGUUUUUAUUAUUUAAACUUAGAAUUAUUUCCCAAUCAAUCAUUCUUACGCUAGUUUAAAAUUGACCAAAACUUCACCUUGAGCUAAUUCUUCACCCAUUUCCCGCUCAUAUCCUGAUCAGAGGUUAAUAUCCCUUUUAACCAACCAGUGCUGUGAAUGGUUGAGUAUUGCGGGCUAAUCUUGAAUUUAAACUUGAAAUUAUGAAAAAUCUUAUUUUAUUUUCAUAUGUCAAAAACAAUAAGAAUGACUAUGAUUUAUUUAAGUCUCCAUCUUACAACUUCAAAAUUGCUGGAUUUUAUUGGCCUGAUCCAGUUAAGUCUAAUUAGGAUCUUAAUAUUAUUUUAGAUGCAUUGAAUACAAGAAACCACAAAGUGCUUUGCACCACAUUAAAAGUACUUCAACAUUUGGUAGUUUCUGCGGACAUGGUUGGCGAGGCACUUGUUCCAUAUUACAGACAAAUUCUUCCUGUGAUGAACAUCUUUAAAAAUAAGAACUGUAAGCAUACCACCAGUGUUAAAUUCUAAAAAUAUUUUCUAAAAAAAUAAAAUUCUUACAAAUUAAAAAAUUUUUAGGCAUAGAUCUACCUUUUUUUGCCAACAUGACUAAUACUGAGAAGUUAAAAUUUAAAACAAUGAAUUUUUUUUCAAUAAAAUAAUUUAAAUAAAAAUGGACUGGUAAUUUUUUAAAACUAUUUUUGCUAAUAAUAAAUAAGCCUUUUGAGAUAGUGAGUUACACAAUGCAAGACUUUUGAAUAGUUCUUAUCAUUUAAAAAAUCUUCAAGCAAACCCUAAUUUUUUUGAGAAGCUAGUAUGGUUUUGUUUACUUUUACUGGAAUGCACUGAUUAAUAUAAAUUAAACUGUAGAAAAAUAACAAUAAUAAAUUCUACUUUUGAUAGUAUAUCGGAAUAUGUAAUUUUGCUAGAAUUCAGUGAAAGAUAUUUAUAACAUGAAAAUAUCAUGGUUUAUGCAAUCUAAAAGAUAAACUGACUUUUUUUACUUUCCAUAGUGAACUCAGGAGAUGGUAUUGACUACAGCCAGCAGAAGAGAGAAAAUGUAGGUGAUCUGAUUCAUGAGACCCUAGAAGCAUUUGAGAGAUGUGGGGGUGAAGAUGCUUUCAUCAAUAUCAAAUACAUGGUACCAACAUAUGAAUCAUGCAUGCUAAAUUAAAGCAAAACCAGAGACAACUAAAAUAUGAAGAACAUUUUGAUGCACGCUCAGCUUUUUAUGAAGCAUGACCCUAAAAAAGUAUUAUGCUGUUUAAUUUAACUUCUUCCAAAAAAUAUUGCAUUAUUAUGCAUUGUGGGGAAAAUAAAUUAAAUUAAACUGCAUGUCAUUUGAGAUAACACUUUAAAUUUGUAAAAAAAAAAAUAGAGAGAGAUAAAGAUUAACAUCAGAAAGACUGGGAGAGCCAGUCUCUUUUGUUUUAAAUAUUUUUCUUUGCUUGUUCUACUUUGGUAUUAUUAAAUUAUUUCCUUUGGGGUUGGGACUUUUUUUAGCCAUAAUCUAAAAUAGAAAACAGCUCCCUCAAAAAGACCCGGGGCGUGCUUAAAAUUUUGGUCACUCAAGGUUAUCACUUUUUUGUCAAAAUAAAUGUUAUAUUUUCUAAUUCUUAAUCAAAGACCCCUUGAUUUGUAUAAUAUUUAUAAAGUCACUGCUGAAAUGCAAUUUUUUUUUUCCACCACUGCUGAACUAAAAAUCUAUUUUUUAAGAUUUCACUGUUGAAAAUUCAACCUAUAAUUUUACUGCUGAACAAUGAAUGCAACGAUGUUAACUCUAACUUGUAUGUUUUCAUAUAUGAGUGUUAUGUUGAUCUUUAAAGAAUGAACUAUGAAUGUCAUUUUGCUAUGCUCCACUUUGAAAAAAAAAGAUUUCUUGGUGUAAUAAAAUAAUAAAAAUAACAAGCGUAUUCACAAGUGUUGAGGAUACACAAUUAUUUCAUCCCAACUUUUUUGUUUUUGCUUUAGAUAUUUGCUAAAAUUUAGUAAAUGUUUACAAAUAAUUUUUAAAAUUUCUAUGGUUACAACUCUAACUUAAAAUUUAUUCAUUAUUUUCAAAUAGAUUAUGUGAUCAAAUGUCAUCUUUACCAUGUGUAAUUUGUAACUAUACAAAAAGAAAUGCUUUUUUUUUUAAUGAAUGACUGUUCAAACUAUAUUUAUUAUUAUGGGGGAAAAGUAAAUGACUUUAUUAGGAACAAGCCUUUUUAUUUUAUGUUUGAGAAAAUUAGCCUAAAAAUGACUAUGUGUGUACAGUUGUGUAAAUCUACCUAUGCUCAGCAUCUUUUGAAAAAUAUAAUUGUUAGCUUCAUUUCUUCACAUGCAAGAAUUUAGCUAAAAUGUGUGAGAAAGAAUGACAAGUUGUUUAUUUAAUGUUAUCCUGUUAAGCAAUAUUAAACUUUAACAUUGAGAAAGCAAAAACUUUUUUUUUAAAUAACCAAAUAAAUUCUGCACUGCAUGCAUUGUCAUGUAUGACAAAUAGCUGUAGCAGUCAAACCAAAUGGAGAUUUGGCUUGCCAUAAAUUUUGCAUAUUGAAAGACUGACCAUAAAAACAAUGAUAAAGAGAAUUAUGGCUCGGUUAUUAGUAAUCACAAUGAUUGAUUUUUUUUUUUAAAAAACCUAAUUUUUGUCAAUGCACCUUUUCAUAACUAUGUCACCAGAUGAAAUAAAGAAAUAGAUUAAAUUUUAAAAUGUGUUUUAGUGGCAGUUUUUGCCAUAAUUGUUAACUAAAGUUAUUUCUUCUGAUGAUAUAUAAUGGUGAAUUACUUCAAUUCACAAUUGACAAUUUUUAAAAAUUGAAAACUGUGUGUGUCCAUGUGAAAACUGAUGGGUCGGACAGCACAUAAACACAAGUAGAAAAAGAUAGCUGUAGGUAAGACACUUUACCAUGAAUUGAAUUUUUAAAAAAACGAAAAUGCUUUAAUUAAAAAACCAUUGUCUAAAGUCAGAAAAAGUAUUUACUGCUAAUUCUCACCAAGUGCAUUAACAUCUAAUAUUACUUAUUUGUAAAAUAAAACUAAUAAAAAAGCUCAAUUUCUGAGGAAGACAACUCAUUCUGGUGAUGUUUUUCUUGUUCUAAAAAUAAUUUUGAAUUUAAAAUCUGUUUAAGACUUUUAAUAAAC